UCUUUCUUUCUAUCUGUCUAUCUAUCUAUCUAUCUAUCUGUCUGUCUAUCUAUCUAUCUAUCUAUCUAUCUAUUCAUAGUGAUUUUAUUGUGAAUGUAACCCUUCAGCUAUUGUUUCGAAAGUCUUUUCAAUUCCUUUCUACGUGUUUUAUAAUGAUUUCAUGUGGCUUUAAAAAAGAAUUCCUGAUGUUUAUUAUACACCGUUAUAACGUGAGCGCACGCUCUUCUCCGGCACGAGCGCAACUGCACUGUCAGCGCAUGCGCGCUCAACCACUGGUUCAUGUGCAGUGACCGUGCCCGCUUUGAUUAAAAAAAACUUUGACGGCAUGAGUUGAAUUUCAAUUGGACUAGAUGGUCCUUUGAAAGGGACAUUUCUUGAAGACCGCAGCAAGAGUGGCUUUUUUUUUAAAGAAGGAUUUGUUGUUAGAUGGCAAGAGCGUGUUGUCAUGCAGGAUUAAAAUAACUGCGCUCUCCGUCCACGCGCGUCAGCUGAUUUUCUAGUAUUGGAUUUUAUGUGUUCCAAUAACAAAGACGUGCAGUACAUGACAGGAAUGAGGGGAGACAGCAAUCAUGCCAUUAAUAGAGGCAAAUGGACAACAGCGGCGUGGGCUCUCCAACUUUUCUGCAUCUCUCUCCUGACUUCAUUCGGGAAAGGGGAAGACGGGUCUUGCCAUGGAGCCUUUGAUUUAUAUUUUGUUUUGGAUCGCACCACACGUUCACAUCCUUCUAGGUCAGGGAGUGUGUCUGACAACUGGCUGGAGAUAUAUGGAUUUGUGGAACAGUUGACAAAUCGUUUUGUAAGCCCGAAGAUGAGAGUAUCCUUCAUAGUCUUUUCCUCAAAUGCAGAAGUAAUCUUGCCCCUCACCGGAGACAGGGCAGCUAUAGAUAAUGGUCUGCAAAGGUUGAGCAAGAUCAAACCUGCUGGUGAGACUUACAUGCAUGAGGGGUUAAUAAAGGCAUUAGAUCAAAUGACUGCCCAGGGCACAAGAGCGUCUAGUAUCAUUAUUGCACUGACUGAUGGGAAGCUGGAGGUCUAUCCUCAUGAACUCGCUGUAAAAGAGGCGGAUCAGGCAAGACAGUAUGGUGCCCGGGUAUAUUGUGUAGGUGUAAAGGACUUUGAUGCAAACCAGCUUAUAGAUAUUGCAGACAGCAAAGAUCAAGUGUUUCCUGUUGUGGAUGGAUUCCAAGCACUCAAAACCAUCGUAAAUUCGAUUUUAAAGAAAUCAUGUAUAGAGAUUUUUAACGUGGAGCCCUCCAGCAUUUGUGUGAAUGAAUCUUUCAACAUUGUCCUGAGAGGACGGGGAUUCACGCAGGGAAGAACCUCAGAGGGUGUGGUCUGCACUUUAUUUGUCAAUCAACAGGAGCCCUAUAAUGAGAGGCCGAGUAUAGUGAAGGAUAAUUACGUGCUGUGUUCAGCUCCAGUGUUGACCGAGGUUGGACACUCAAUCGAUGUGCUCAUUAGUCUAAAUAAUGGCCAGUCUUUCAUUUCAAGUCCAAUCACAAUAUAUGCCACCACUUGUUCUGAUGGGCUGGUAGUGGCCAUUGUCAUCCUGGUACUGCUGGUGCUGUUGGGUCUAAUUGUGCUCUGGUGGUUUUGGCCUCUCUGCUGCACUGUGGUAAUCAGGGAUCCACCCCCAUCUCUCCCUCCGCCAACACGACCAAUACCUGAACCUGAGAUUGACCCUUUGCCAAAGAAAAAAUGGCCCACAGUGGAUGCAUCAUAUUAUGGUGGCAGAGGGCCGGGUGGUAUUACACGCAUGGAGGUUCGCUGGGGUGAAAAGGGCUCUACAGAGGAAGGGGCGCGGUUGGAGAAAGCCAAAAAUGCUGUAGUCAAAAUGCCGGAGGAGGAGUUUGAAGAGCCUGUAAUUAAACCCCCACCCAGACCACCACCAAUAUAUCAUGCCCCGGUCCCAGACAAAUGGUACACUCCCAUUAAAGGACGAUUUGAUGCUAUAUUGGCAUUGCUGUGUAGACAGUACGACAGAGUUGCUAUCAUGAGACCUACAGCAAAUGACAAGGGGCGCUGCAUCAAAUUCACUCGGGUUCAAAGACAAUGAUUGAUCAAAUAUGAUGUGUCCUUUCCUUAAAAGUAUUUUCAUACAAGAAGGACUGGGGACACUGCAGCCGGAUGGAUACAUAGGGCAAAACGGCAGCUUUUGUCUCGACAUGAGAUGUUUUUAGACUUCGAAUCUUUUGUAAGCUUGGUCGAUAGAGGUCGACGUUAGCGUCCAACGAUAGAGAGUGCUUCCAGGGUGGAGUAUAAACUUAAGGUCAAUGUUUAAGGUCUAUGGUCAAAGGUUCAUAAUAGUCCAAAAACAAAAAGCUGGAUAACCAUGGCACUCUUAUUCAUUAAAAAGCCUUUAUUAUCAC